CCUACACCAACUGCUACCACCACAGAGACCUCACCUGAAACAUCUACCACCACACAGACCACAACACCAACACCCCACACAAGCACCUCAACUCCAACAUCUACCACCACAGGGACACCAAUCACAACCCCCACUACCACAGUGACUCCUACACCAACUUCUACCACCACAGAGACCUCACCUGCAACAUCUACCACCACACAGACCACAACACCAACACCCUACACAACCACCUCAACUCCAACAUCUACCACCACACAGACACCAAUCACAACCCCCACUACCACAGUGACUCCAACACCAACAGCUACCACCACAGAGACCUCAACCUCAAUAUCUACCACCACCCAGACCACAACACCAACACCCCACACAAGCACCUCCACUCCAGCAUCUACCACCACACAGACACCAAGCCCAACCCCCUCUACCACAGUGACUCCAACUCCAACCUCUACCAUCCCAGGGACACCAACUCCAGCCUCUACUACCACACCAAUCCUAUCCUCAUCCUCUACUCUGACCACCACCACCACCACCACCACCACCACCACCACCACCACCACCACACAUUACACAACCCCAACAGCCACUGUCAUAAUCACAGAGACUCCAACCCCAUCUCCCACCCCUUCAGAAACCCCAACUCCACCCUCUACCUCUACUGAAAGCACAACCCCAACAUCUUCCACUAGCCAAACCCCAACCCCCAAACCCACCACAACCAAAGAGAUCUUUACUUCUACAAACACAGUACCUACUACAGGACCAACUUCUUCCAAACCUCCAACCAAGCCAUCAACACCUGUGACCACUGUGUCCACUUCUCCCCCACCCUCGGAGGAGAUCGUCACCGUUCAAAGCACCCCUGUAACUACCAUAGCAACAUCUAGCACAGCAUCGUCACCUGGAACAACAUCACCCUUCAUCACUCCAUCUGUGGGCAGCACACCCUCUUCACCUCCAGGAUCAACACCAGGACCUACCACAACUCCUGGUGUGUCUACCUCCUCAAAGACCACAACAGUGCCAACUUCAACCACCACCAGACCACCCUCCACAUCCACCCCUACAUCCCCCACUGUGCCAGUGUCUACCACGGAAACCGUCACCCAGACAAGGCUCUCAUCAACCACACCAACUACUUUGGAGACCACCAGGACCUCCUCUUUGGGGACAGUCUCAGUCUCCCCAAUCACCUCUCCCAGCACUGCCUGGACCAGCACUGCCACCUUGGUUACCUGCUGUGUUUUGGAUGGAACAUUCUAUGGCCCAGGUGAACUGGUCUACAACAAUACCCUUGGGGACACGUGUUAUUAUGUGAAUUGCUCUUUGGAUUGCACAGUCCAGUUCUUCAAUUGGUCCUGUCCAUCUACUCCCUCAACUUCUACACCCUCAACGCCUCUAACGACCACACCUUCCACACCAUCUACCACGUCUUCGAAAUCGACACCCUCCACGCCAAAAUCCACAACAUCCAAGUCAACAACUAGCACUCCAACCACAACCCCCAUCUUUGAGUGCCAAGACUUUGAUCCUCCUAGACAGGUGAAUGAGACCUGGUGGCUGUGUAACUGUACCAUGGCCAUUUGCAAGUAUGACAACGUAGUAGAGAUUGUGGAAAAGGAGUGCAACCCCCCACCCAUGCCCACCUGUUCCAACGGCCUCAAGCCCGUGCGCGUCACUGAUCCUGAUGGCUGCUGCUGGCACUGGGAGUGUGACUGCUACUGUACCGGCUGGGGAGACCCGCACUUUGUCACCUUCGAUGGGCUCUACUACAGUUACCAGGGUAACUGUACCUACGUGCUGGUGGAGGAGAUUAUCUCCAAUGUGGACAACUUUGGGGUCUAUAUUGACAACUACCAUUGCGAUGUCAAUGACCAAGUGUCCUGCCCCCGCACACUAAUUGUGCGCCAUGAGACCCAGGAAGUGCAAAUCAAGACUGUGCACAUGAUGCCCAUUGAGGUGCAGGUGCAGGUGAACAAGCAGGUAGUGGCUCUGCCCUACAAGAAGUAUGGGCUGCAGGUAUACGAAUCUGGCAUCAACUUUAUGGUGGACAUCCCCGAGCUGGGUGCCCAGAUCUCCUACAACGGUCUGUCUUUCUCCAUCCUGCUGCCCUACCGCAUGUUUGGCAACAACACAAAGGGCCAGUGUGGCACCUGCACCAACAAUACUGCAGAUGACUGUAUCCUCCCCAGCGGGGAGAUCAUCUCCGACUGUGAAGUUGCAGCUGACCAGUGGUUGGUGAUUGACCCCUCCAAGCCACAAUGUCCUCACAAUGACUUCACCACCAAGCGCCCAGCCAUCACGACAGCAGGGCUCUUGCCCAAGAACUGCACUGCGUCUCCUAUCUGCCAGCUCAUCAAGGACAGCCUGUUUUCCGAGUGCCAUCCUUUCGUGCCUCCCAAGCACUACUAUGAAGCCUGCCUGUUUGAUAGCUGCUUUGUGCCUGGCUCUGGUAUGGAGUGUGCCAGUGUACAGGCCUACGCAGCCCUCUGUGCCAAGGAAGGUGCCUGCAUUGACUGGCGGAACCAUACCCAGGGGGCCUGCUCUGUGGAGUGUCCAUCUCACAGGGUGUACCAGGCCUGUGGCCCUGCAGAAGAGCCCACUUGCCAGUCCAGCCCCUCCCAGAAUUCCACACUCUUGGUGGAAGGCUGCUUCUGUCCUGAAGGCACCACCAAGUUUGCCCCUGGCUAUGACGUCUGUGUGAAGACUUGUGGCUGUGUGGGACCUGACUAUGUCCCCAGAGAGUUUGGAGAGCGCUUUGAGUUUGACUGCAAGGAGUGUGUUUGCCUAGAGGGUGGAAGUGGCAUUGUCUGCCAGGCCAAGAAAUGUGCUGGGGAGACCCAGACCACAUGCGAGGAGGAUGGCACCUACCUUGUCGAGGAAGUCAACCCAGAUGACAAGUGCUGCAACAUUACUUCAUGCAAAUGCGACCCCAAAUUGUGCAAAGCAGAACGCCCCUCAUGCUUGCUGGGAUUCGAAGCGAAGAGCCAUCAUGUGCCUGGAAAGUGCUGUCCGGUUUACUCCUGUGAACCCAAGGGUGUGUGUGUGCACCAGAACGCUGAAUACCAGCCUGGAUCUCCAGUGCAUUCCACCAAGUGCCAGGACUGUGUAUGCACCGACACCAUGGACAACGACACUCAGGUCAACAUCAUCUCCUGUACCCAUGUGCCCUGCAACAUCUCCUGCAGCUCCGGCUUUGAACUUGUGGAGGUCCCCGGGGAGUGCUGCAGGAAGUGCCAACAGACCCACUGCAUCAUCGAGGGGCCCAACCAGCAGUACCUCAUCCUGAAGCCUGGGGACAUAGAGAAAAACCCCAACGACAAGUGUACCUUCUUCAGCUGCAUAAAAAUCAACAACCAGCUCAUCUCCUCUGUCUCCAACAUCACCUGCCCAGACUUCAACCCCAGUGAUUGUGUUCCGGGUUCCAUCACGUACAUGCCUAACGGCUGCUGUCAGACAUGCAUCCCUAAAAACCACACUGCAGCCCCUUGCUCCACCACCCCUGUCAUGAAGGAGAUUUCUCAUAAUGGCUGCACCAAGAACGUCUCCAUGAACUACUGUUCCGGCUCCUGCGGGACCUUCGCCAUGUACUCCACCCAUUUCCAGGAUCUGGAUCACAAAUGUUCUUGCUGCAAGGAAGAAAGGACCAGCCAGCGCCAGGUGACCCUGGAAUGUCCAGACGGCAGUGAGCUGAGCCAUACCUACACACACAUUGAGAGCUGUCUGUGCCAGGACACCGUCUGUGGGCUCCCGCAGCGAGUCCGGCGUUCCAGUCCCCGAUUUCUGGGAAGGAAGUGAAUGGGUUCUACUGUACACAUCCCUUCCCAUCCUGUGCCAUCCUGCUGACUCUCUGAGCUUCCUCCACUUCUAGCUUGGCUUCUUCUCUGCAGAUAUUUAUUUUCAGAGUUUCUGUUCCAUUCUUUGCUUUCUGACAAUAAACUCAGGCAUAGCCA